ACCCAGCCGCCAGCAAGACUAUAGUGCUCCUGCCUGCUGGGCCCUACAGCUGGCUGCACCCCAGACGGCCUCAGCUGCUCAAGCCUAAGGACUGCCUUCCUUCCCAGCCCAAUACCACCUCUGGCGUCCGGGAGACAGUGAACAGAGGGGCCUGGGCAGGGGCACCUGGAGCCCCACACAAGCCCAGCUCCUUGCAUCUGCUUACGUGUCUCAGUAACCGCUAUUGCCCCUCCCUCUGCCCCAGUUAUGAAACUGCCCAAGGGGCCCAGGAACUCUGUGUUCUAUGGGCAGCACCUAGAGAAGAAGGCGCAGGUGCCCUCACGGCAGGAGGUAAAGAAGACCCCUGUGAUCAUGGCGUUGAUCAAAGGUCCAGGGCCUGCCAAGUACCUGCGGCCAUCCUGCACGGGCUACCUCGGCCACGACAGCUCCAUGUUCCAGGAGCCCGCCAGCACUCUGCACACUCGGCUCUCGGACAAGUGGGUCACGAACAGUAACCCUGGACCUUGCUAUUUCUUGGAUCCUAAAAUAACUCGGUUUGGCAUGUCCACCUGCCCUCAGGUCCCCAUGGAGGAACGCAUCUCUAACCUGCGCCUGAGCUCCACUCCAUCCUCCUGCCACUACUACUUGGAGAAGACCCACGCUCCUGGGGAACGUAGGGCUCCCCAGUACACUUUUGGUUACCGCUGCCCAUACAGAGUGAUGGACCCCAACCCGGCCCCCAACCAGUACCAGCUGCCACUCUUGCUGGGACCCAACAUCCCUGUCACCCGAGCUGCUCCUUGCUAUAGUUUGGCAUCUGCAGACAAGAACUGGUUCUACCAGGACAGUGUGGCAGGAGGCCCUGGGCCAGCCACGCAUGCACGACCAGAGCCAUCCAGCUACCAGAAGUGCAGCCCCAUCCACAGCAUGGCCAAGCGCUUUGCCUACCCGAUGGACCACACCCCUCAGCCGGGCCCCGGUGCCCACGAUGUCCAGCAGGUCACGGUGCACAAGCCCCGUACACCGGCUUUCACCAUGGGUAUCAAGCACUCUCCUCACCUGUGCCCGUUGGUCAUCGAUGUUCGCGACUGAGGCCCCUCCUGGUGUCCUCGUUCAGCCCACCCCCACCCCGAGGAUUAUUUUCUAUACCUAAUCGAGCAGCUUGCCACGGUUUAGAGUGGCAGAGCUGGUACCUGCAGUGUCCAGCACACAGAAGGCAUUAGAUAAAUAUAUUUAUUUAUUUAUUCA